GCUAUUGAAAAGUAAUCGCCACUGCGUAGUUUUGGAAGGAGAGGACAUAAAGUUCGACUUCCUUGUACAAUUCAUAAACAAGAUGGUCGGCACUCGAGAUUAUCAUGGGAAAUUCAUCAAGCCACCACCCCGUCAUGAUGAAGCUCAUGAUUUUGUGCACAAAGUGGGUCAAAAUAUGUCGAACAUCUGGCAGUUCCUUUUCGAGAUGCGGCCUGAAAACAGGGGAGACCGUGCAUAUGUUGCUCGCAGGCGAAAAGUUGAGACCCUUCUACGAGGUUAUCAUAAGGCUUCUUCAUACAAAGAGAUUGCAUUCCUCGACCGAUUGGAGAUCAUGUACUUUGAUGAACGAAUCGGUGCUUUCACAGUCGCUGCCUACGCAACUUGCUUUCCGGAGGGUGAAAAGUUUGACGCUGAAGAUUCGGAAGAGGAAAGUGUCGACGGUACUUUGCAAGCGGCCUUGGCAUGUGAAAGGGAAAGGACAAGUACCUCGCCUUCUCAAAAGAUGGCUACAGCAGGGACGUCAUCAGGAACUCCUUCAAUUGGAAUUUCAGGUGUCGUGCUUGCCGGCGCAACGACACUUCCACUGACUACACCUCCUGACAGCACGACCGCUUUAGCAACGGCAGUGUCAUCAUCUGCAGGAUUGAUGUCCGAUCCAGCGUCGGCCUUUAGAGCUCUGUUCGGUGCUGAGGCCUUCCCCGAGUUAUUAACGAUAACAAGCCCGGCAUAUGGAUACAACUGGCAUAUUGAGGAGGAUGACGACACCGGAGGGGGAAAAGGACAAGGUUCUAGCGGUGGAGCGAGUGGAGAGGGAGAUGGACACCCAAGUGGUGAUGAGGGAGGAAAUGAUAAGAAAGGGAGUGGUGAAGGUGGAGGGACAUCACAAGGGCCUGCGUCCAAUCAGCCUUCAAGAGGUGCUAUAGGAGGUCAACCACAUCAUGAGCACGUGGGAAGCGGCGGUCCUGUAGGAGGACAUAUCGAUGUCGGUGGUUCGCAGCAAGUCAAAGUGUCCACUGCAGAAAGACAAGUUGAUGAUUGUGAAGGUGGACUAAGUGUCACCACGACACUCACACUCACAAGUACCACUAUGACAGAUGUUGUAUGGUAUGAUGUCAGCGUCACAAGUGUCUUCCCUGUUGGCGAGAAGGCAAAUAUUGGCAGCCCGCAUGACCAUAUGUGGGAGUCUAUGGAUAUUAUGUCAUGCGGAUUGGAAAGUCAAGGGCGACUUAGGACAUCAAUGGAUGAAACCAUGUUUGCGGGGGUGACAGAACCGCAGGUCGAGCCUACCACUCCGCUCGGUGAAAAGACACUCAGAGGCGACUUUGAGAUUCCUACCGAUUUUCAAAGUACGAUAUUGACGGAAAAAGCACGACAAGGGUCUCAGGAUGCGCCUAUUGCAUGCGGAACGGCAACAACAAUGGAGGAGACCAUGUUUGUGGGGGAGCUCGAACCAUAAGUCGAGUGUAACAGUCUAUUGCAUGAAGAGACCCUCGGCGGGGACUUCGACAUUCCUACCGAAUUUCGAAGUUCGAUAUCAUCAGAGAAGGCACAAGGAGAAUUUUGAAGUCCGAUAUCAUCAGAGAAGGCACAAGGAGGGUCUCAGGAUUCGCCUAUUGUAUGUGUCACUGCACGAAGAAGCGACACUCUUCAGGGGCUCGUGGGGAAAGCAGCAAUCCAAGCACCCGACAUCGAAGAGGAUAAAGGCCAUAUUGUACU